CAGGGGGCUGGGCCCGGCCCGGCGCGGGGGGUGGAGGCGGCUGGCAGGGGCCGCCCGCGCUGAGACAGGCGGGCUGCGCGUGCCCCGGCCGGCAUGGAGAUCGGGCGCUGCGGGGAGCAGGAGGCGAGCAGAAAGGAGCAUUGGAAACUGCUGGGCAAUUUGAAGACCACCGUCGAGGGAUUAGUGUCCAGCAACAACCCGAACGUCUGGUCUAAGUAUGGCGGCUUGGAGCGGCUGUGCAGGGAUAUGCACGGCAUCCUCUAUCACGGGCUCAUCCACGAUAAGGUGUACUGCAGGCAGAAGGAUUACUGGCAGUUUGUGAAAGACAUCCGCCGGCUGAGCCCGCAUUCUGCUCAUCACGUGGAGAAAUUCAUCAGCCUGCACGAGAAUGGCCAGCCAAGCGCAGAUGGUGUAGGUGAUCAAGCCAUAGCAGAGCUGUGGCUACAGCACAGUCUGCAGUUCCACUGCCUCUCCGCACAGCUGAAGCCGCUGCUUGAGAACAGACAGUACAUCAGGAAAUUCUACUCAGACGCUGCCUUCCUGCUCAGUGAUGCCCACGUGACAGCCAUGUUACAGUGCCUGGAGGCUGUGGAGCAGAACAACCCCAGACUUCUGGCUCAGAUUGACACGUCCAUGUUUCUCAGAAGGAGUGAGGCCCCAUUGCCUGUGACGAAGAGUCAAAGCCUGACGGCCCUCCCUGGUUCUGUAUGUAUCCCUCCUAUGGACUAUACACAGCACAGGUACUUCGGAUCCUUCUCCAGUCUGCAUCAACCAGCCUCCAACAGCAUGUCAGACAGGAGACCAGCAAGCCCCUCCAUGUGCAGCAGCAUGAGCCAGCCUCUGGAAAAUGCCCUGUACAACGUACCCCUCUUGCUGCCUGAGGACAGAUCCCCUCUGGGCCAACCUGGCCUCUCGCGGCUCAGUUUUAUCUCCCCCAGAGACUCCUUCUCUUCAGUCAGCGAGAUGAGCACCAGCACCGUGACCAGCCAGAGCGAGGACCCCUGGGCGAGUAGCCAGGAUGACACCCAGAGCGACGCCAAUGACGGGCCGGAGUAUCUGGCCAUUGGGAACCUGGGGCGGCGCGGCAGGGCCUGUAGCAGCCAGAGCAGUGCCAGCAGUAGCACCACCAACAGCAACAAGAGCAGCGGUUCCAACCUGUUCUCAUCCAGCAGCUCCCAGAAGCCGGAGUCCAUCUCCUCCUUGGAGGACCAGGGUGCGAGCGGCGGCAGCAGGGGGAUGAGUCUCUUGCGCAGGUCCAGCUUUUCGGAGGGGCAGGCAUCAACCCCCCAAGGGAUCCUCAAGAGAAGCCAUGCACGCUCGCACUCCGAUACCAACGUGGCCUCUGGGAAAACUCCCGGAGGCCUCAGGGAUAUCACCAUUAUAAUAGAAGAUCCAGUGGCAGAAUCCCAGUGUGACGCCUCGAGGGUGCCGGGUCAUGUCUCCGGCUCCACCCAGAGCAGCGAAGCGAGCACGCCCAGCUCCCUCUACAUGGAGUACGAUGCUGGCCAGUACCUGAGUUCGGGGGAAGGGAUGUUCCGAAGACCCUCAGAAGGACAGUCCCUGAUCAGUUACCUGUCUGAGCAGGACUUCGGCAGCUGUGCAGACCUGGAGAAGGAAAACGCUCACUUCAGCAUCUCUGAGUCGCUGAUCGCCGCCAUCGAGCUGAUGAAAUGCAACGUGAUGAACCGGCGGCUGGAGGAGGAGGAAGAGGAGAGUGACAAGGAGAUCCAGGAGCUCAAGCAGAAGAUUCGCAUCCGGCGCCAGCAGAUCCGCACCAAACAUGUGCUCCCUGCCUACCGGGAAGUGGGCUCCGACAGCUUCGUGGCUACAGACAGUGAGUCCCAGUUCAGCUCCCGUGACUCCAUGUGGCUAUCUGACUCGGGCUCAGCAGAGGACGUGGAGGAGUACGAGAUAAGAGAUGGUAACGAUGGAUCUAACCUGAUUCAAAUGUCCAAGAACGGCCUGUCAGUGUCAAUGGCUUCCUUGUUUUCAGAUGCGGACAUCAAGCGGGAUGCAGCGUCUAGCAGGAAGUCUUUCCUCUCCUCGGAAUCCAUAUCCCACUCCUUCCUCCAUUCGAACUCAGCGGAGGCCGUGGCCAUGGGCUUGCUGAAGCAGUUCGAAGGGAUGCAGCUCCCAGCCGCUUCUGAACUGGACUGGCUAGUCCCAGAGCAGGAUGCCCCCCAGAAGGACCCGAGAUGGUCUCUCAGAAAGCUCUUUAAGCGUCCCCGGUGGUAUAAGAAAAGGCAGUUCUCUAAAAAGCUCCGGCGGCUCCUGCCAAUUCCGGACUCUCUGCCCAUCUCGCCCGACGACGGAGAGCACGCCGACAUCUACAAGCUCCGAAUCCGGGUCCGCGGGAACCUGGAGUGGGCUCCCCCCCGGCCGCAGAUCAUCUUCAACAUUCACCCAGCCCCAACGAGGAAGGUGGCUGUAGCUAAGCAGAAUUACCGGUGCGCAGGCUGCGGCAUCCGGACAGACCCCGAUUACAUCAAACGGCUGCGGUACUGCGAGUACCUGGGCAAGUACUUCUGCCAGUGCUGCCACGAGAACACCCAGAUGGUCAUUCCCAGCCGCAUCCUGCGGAAGUGGGACUUCAGCAAGUACUACGUCAGCAACUUCUCCAGGGACCUGCUGAGCAAGAUCUGGAGCGACCCGCUCUUCAGCGUGCAGGACCUCAACGCCGCUCUGUACAGGAAGGUGAAGGCUCUGAAUCGAGUCAGGCUGUUGAGAAUCCAGCUGUUUCGCUUGAAGAACAUGUUUAAGACCUGCCGACUAGCUAAAGAGCUCCUGGAUUCCUUCGACACGGUGCCAGGUCAUUUGACGGAGGAUCUCCACCUCUACUCCUUAAAUGACCUGAAUGCCACUAAGAAGGGGGAGCUAGUUCCCCGCCUGACGGAGCUCAUAAAGGCAGGUACCCUGCACGUUGAGAGAUGCAUGCUGUGCCAAGCCAAAGGCUUCAUCUGUGAGUUCUGUCAGAAGGAGGAGGACAUCAUCUUCCCCUUCGAACUGAACAAGUGCAGGACGUGUGAAGAGUGCAAGGCCUGCUACCACAAAUCCUGCUUCAAAUCGGGCUGCUGCCCCCGGUGUGAGCGCCUGCACGCCAGGAGAGAGCUGCUGGCCAAGCAGAGCAUGGAGUCCUACAUCUCGGACUACGAGGAGGAGGAGCCGCCAGAGGCAGUGGCCGCGACGUGAGUGUGGUGGCGGAGGGCGAAGAGGAGACCAGCGGAUGUAUUUGUGUGCGUGGCCCUCGUCAUCAGAGACUAAACUAAGGACUAACCUGACUCUUUCACAAUAAAGGAGCCCGUGGGAGGGCUGAAUUGUGGGAGAUCUCGGAGCAGCUGGCCCUCACACGCUGACGGGAUCAGCUUGGUUUGCUUCAAGAGAGCCGGUUUCUUUGCUCUCUACGCGAUGGUGUUGGGGACGACGGACUCCGGACGCUAGUUCUCGCAGUCGGGAUCCUGCCGAGGUGGACACGCUGCUGCCUUCGUACAGGGUCUGGCGGCGAAUCCUGUCUGUGCCUCACUCCGAGCGCAAUGAGCGUUUGUAUGCCAGUGUGCUCCCCUGGCCCCUUAGGGAGGAGCUCAGCCAGAUGCUGGCUUAGCCAGGAGGUUCUUGAGGAGCUUCCACCGGUUAGGAGGUGAAAGCUCCUGUCUAGCUCAGCUCUCCACGGGGGAGUAACUGGAGUCCUGCCGCUGCCCAGGCUGGCUGCCUUGGGGCAGAAGAGAAGGGGCUUUUGCCAAGUCCUCUGCCUAUGACACGCCACAUCCUUUGCCGCUGACGGGACCUUUUUAACAAUCCCUUAUUCAGAACUGAUAUGACUUGAUUUGGGGACGGGGGGAAGAAGCAGCAGCAAACAGCGCCUUGUCCUCUGCCUGGCGGGAGCCGUCACGAACUGUGAAUACCUGCUGGGCUGGUAGAUCAGGCUAGAGCACGCGGACUGUAUGGGAUUUUCCCUUCGACCCGGCCCUGCUUUAGCUGCAUGCAGGCUGGGGGAGAGAUCUGUGCCAGUCGCUGUCGGGAGCAGCCCCCGUCUCCGCUAUUGAUGUUCGGUUCCUCAGACUGUGCCUGGUGCUGACGGAGCUCCCACCUGCUGGGUGAAGGGCUGGGCUUCGGCCCAGAGGCGUGACUGCCACCUUUCCCCCAGUGCUAGGUGCCGGGAGAUCGCCCUGUGCCAUGCUCUGGCACUGACAGCAGGUGAACAAGGGGUUUCCGCUCUCUGGGCUGGAAGGCGGGGAGGCCAGACAAUGAGGAAGCUGCAUGCCCAGCGUGGGGAGAGGAAACGCCUUGGCGGAGCCGGAGGAAGCAGCUGGUUUGAAGCUGGCCUCUCCCUGCUGACCUUGCAGGAGAUGAGCUGCCGAGCUGCUGUUACCCUGGGCUGGGGGCAGGGUCCCCCCGUGUCUGUCUGCCGGGGCAGGGGGGCUGGGCAGUUACUCUUAGAUCCAAGAGCACAGCCAGAGCUCAAUGCCGGGGUGCCAGGCGGAGUGGGGGCUCCUGCACCAGGCCCAUAGCUGGGCACUCAGGUGACUCCACGUGACACUCACCCCCACUAUUUCGGAGCUUGAUGAAGUCACGGUCAGUCUCAGUGGAGCCUUUCUCCCAUCCAUGCUGCACCCUCGGUGUAAUGUGUCCUCCCUGCAGUGGAUUCUGGCCAGGCCCGUUCCAGACCUUGGCGUUGGUGUGUCAGGCCUGCCAGUUUGUGCUGGGCUCCCCUGAUGCUGUGCGGCCCAAGGCUGUUCUGUGACAUGCACCUUUCACCUCCCGCUAGCAGAGCGCUCGGGGAGGCAGACAGAGCAGCAGCUGAGCAGGCCCCAUGCUUCAGCCAGCUCCCUUGGCUUUGAGAUGAGAGCUGCACUUCUCAUCCCCCUGGAUCAGGUGCCCGUUGGAGUGACCGAGUAAUGAGUGUGUCUAGCAGGACCGCCAAUAACGUGGUAAAGGAGCCGCCCCCGAGCGCACUGGGUAGAGCUGGCCUUGUAAUGCGGAGCGUCAUGUAGUCAGGAGAUUAGCCCGGUCCAGAACGUCUCCCCAGAACCCCACGCUCCUCAGUCACUGCCUAAACCACUUUGCCCUGCUGAGCCGUGUGUUUGUGUGGAGGGAUGUGGUCGUCCACAGUGCCCACUGGCUGCCCCCAGCCCAGCGUCCCUCAGAGCUGGUAUCAGAUCAGUCCCCAGAGCAGGGGUAAAGCUGUUUAUCUGCCAUCCGGAGCCCCCAGAGAGAGCCAGUGCCCCAGGCCAGCCCCUCUUCUCAGUGUAUCAUCUCAGCUGGGCUGAUCUUUGUGUACAUAGUGUUGUUUUAAGUUGAUCUCUUUUAAAGGCAAGUGCUCCUGUCUUUUUAACGAGCGGCUCUCGUUUGAGUUGGUCACUUAGGGCCAGCUUUUAAAGCUAUUUAGGUGCCUAACUCGCGUUGAUUUCAAUGGAAGCCCGACACCCCACAUCUUUAAAGAUCUGGCCCUUAGUGUCCAUUGCCAGCAGUACGGGAGGCAUUUUCUGCCUGGCAUAGACAAAUUGUGCUCCUCCAGCACUUCAUGCUAGCUCCAUCUGGGGAAAGCUCCUGGGAGUGGAUGUCCUGACACCCAGCUGAGCCCGGGCAGUCCUGUGGCGUGGCACAGACGGGCAGCGGACUGGGAGUUGGUGUGAUUUGGGGGAGUGUCCAGAGAGUCUACAAUGCGGCUUCAAUACGGAGCUGCAGCCUGUAGCAACUGCCCGUUGGGGUAUUCAGUGCUCCCUCGGGGCUGCACGCGGUGAGUGGACGUCUUUGCACGUUGGGGCUUGUGGUCUCUGCAGGUCUCGGCUCCGGUUUAUGGAAGAUGGGCGUGUCCCUCGGCACAUGGACACGUUUCCAGCGCGGGCGUUGGCUGGGCGCUCCAUGUAGUCGUGUACGUUGAAAGGCGCGGUUUGACUCGUGUACGUCUGAGAGGUGUGGGGGGGGGAGGUAGUGAUGGUGGCGGCUCUCCCUCAGCUUCUGCCCUGAUUGGUGGCUGGCACUUCAGGCCGAGCGCAGGGCGGUGCUGGGGCUCUAGCCUCUUGUGGACCUGGCCCCGUUCAUGCCAGUGCUGAAUCCCUGGGAGAGCUGCAGAGGCUGGGGCCGAAAUGAAACAGGCUGCAAGUGCCCUUGGAAGGAGGGAAGACUGCCGGGGCGGUCUGAGGGCCGGGGAGGGCUGGCUGCAUUUGGGCUCUGUCUCAGACAGGAUGCGCUCAAGGAAGCAGCCUCUCCCCACCACACGCCUGUCAGUUAUGUAGGUAGGUUGACUUCCUUGUAGCUGCCGUUUCCUCUCCUGCUGGAGGGCAGCAGACAAGAAGCUGGGUGACUCUUUGUAAGCGGCAGCUCGGUGGGACCGCUGUUUCUCUGGGGCAGAGUACUGGGAGGUGGGCGCGGAGGCUGAUGGUGGAACCAGGUUCAGAUCAGCUGUUCAGUGAGAGAUCUCCAUGCUAAAUGUAUCUGGAAGCCAAGGAGCGACUGCCGAGGGUGUUAUCCCACGGAGCAGGCAGCAAUGGUAGGUUAUUAUUCAGGGCAGGCCUGGGCUUUGGCAGGUGGUUUAACCGGGAACUGAGAGUGCAGGAGCUCCAGAGGUGGUAGAAUUCAAUGCAAAGCAGAGAGACGCUAGCAUUAAUAUCCCCUUUCUGCAUCAGAAGGGUGGUGGGAUCAAAGCCCAGGGCACCUGUAGCUCGCCCAGAACUGACCUCUUGCAUGUGCCUUAACUUGAGAACUGACCGUCAGGGUCUGCUUUGUGAGCUUGCUUUGACACCGCCCCAGCCAAGCCGUAUUCAGUCUAAAUGCCCAGCCCAGAGGUGGUAGCAGCCGCGAUCAGCUGCCCUCCUGUCCGUCACAUGCACGCCCCGUGUCACCUCCUAGCUUUCAGCCUAAUAACGCCGCUGUACUCCACGGAUGGCCGGCAAACUCCAGCUGGCUCCGAACAUUGCAUGUGCGGUGCCUGACGAAAGCCGAUCCCGUCCUACGAACUGCAGGAUGAUUUUCACUUCUACAGCUGUCAAAUCCCUCCUUUAGCGUCAGCCACGCCUGGUCUGAGACCUGGCACUACUGUCCAGACCGAUGGUGGUGUCUGACAGACCGAUUCCCUCCCAUCGGCCAGCUCUGACACAACAGAACGUUCAAUGAGGUUUUGUUUUGAAGCACUUUAACAUGGUGGGGUGUUUCCACGGUGGCUAAGCCUCUUGGCGGUUCCUAGAAGCACUGAUUAUAUUUCAAAAGACAGGGAGUGGAUUUGUGGGUUUUGUCCCCCUUCACGGUGGGACCUUUCUGGCUGAGACAGGAACCCCACCUGGGAAUUCAAGACAGCGGAGGGUUUUAAUGCAAAAUGCUGCACAACACUAAUGAAGCUGCUACUGACCCGUUUGCCAAGCUAUUACAGUACUUACCACUCUAAAUCCGUGUAACUGUAUGUGUACGAGCUCUUUGUAAAUAGAGAGAAGGGUCAUACGAUCCAAUGUACAUGAUAUUCAAUUGGAUUCCUCUCCACUGUAUUAUUGUACAGCAUAACAAUGAAAAUGCCGUCCCUAAUAAACAAAGUUGGUAAGAAGCACCUCAUUGGCUGCUUUUGCUUGA